GGAGGCAGCAGUGGCGCAUCUCACAUAACCGCCGCUGGAAUAUAACGGCCGCUUAGGAUGUGAGCGAUUCUCGGCCUCGCCACCGGCCAAAGCCUCCGUUAUCCAUGACAAACGUAUGCGAACAGAGACAACGCGCGCGUGAGGGCGUACGGUACACAGCGGAAAGAUAAUCGGUAUUAUUAUGAGAAAAGAGGACGGGGUAGUCGGAGCCGUAUUUGUUUUGCUCGCGGAGAUGAGGCGGGGGGUACCGAGUCGCUACAAAAUCGUUGGGCUCCGGCCAAGCAGUGCUCUGUUUUAGCACGUAUAAACCGCCGAGCUCGCGUUUCCAUCGAACAUAGACUCUUUUGAACGUUACGGCUUGUAUCACAUCAAAAUCAUGCAGCUGUAUCGAGGACAUCUGUGAGAUUUGCGGGACUGCUGUUGCCGCUGCCAUGACAGACGCAGGCUUUACGGCUCAACCGGCUACCGUGCAGGCGGUGUGAGAGAAGCGCGGCCCCAGCUGCAGCAGCACGGCCGAUGUGGGCCGCCUUUACCGGGGGAGCUUAAAUUUGUAAAUACUUAUUCGCGUUAUUCGUCCUAAUCGUUUGCAAUCUCAGGGAAAAUGUCCUCUCGGUCUGCUUUACCGUCUGCGAACGACCGGAGCACAGAUCAUCAUGCGUCUCUGGUGGCGAGUCGCUCUGAAAAGGGGACGAAUGUGUCAAGUCGUUCACUGGGCGCAAGGUGUCGUAACUCCAUGGCCUCUUGCUCAGACGAGCUGCCACAUAUUGGAAACUAUCGGCUCCUUAAAACCAUCGGCAAGGGAAACUUUGCUAAAGUCAAACUAGCCCGCCACAUCCUCACAGGCAAAGAGGUUGCAAUAAAGAUUAUUGACAAAACUCAGUUGAAUCCAACCAGCCUACAAAAGCUGUUCAGAGAGGUGCGGAUUAUGAAGACGCUCCACCACCCCAACAUAGUGCAACUCUUCGAGGUUAUUGAAACUGAGAAGACGCUUUAUCUUGUGAUGGAAUAUGCAAGUGGAGGUGAGGUGUUCGAUUACCUGGUGUCUCAUGGGAGAAUGAAGGAGAUUGAGGCUAGAGCCAAAUUCAGACAGAUUGUGUCGGCUGUUCAUUACUGUCACCAGAAGAAUAUAGUUCACAGAGAUCUGAAGGCUGAAAAUUUGCUGCUGGAUGCAGAUUCUAAUAUAAAGAUUGCAGACUUUGGCUUUAGUAAUGAGUUUACACUGGGGAAUAAGUUGGACACGUUCUGCGGUUCCCCGCCUUACGCAGCUCCAGAGCUCUUUCAAGGCAAGAAGUAUGAUGGGCCAGAGGUGGACAUCUGGAGUCUGGGAGUAAUCCUCUACACACUGGUCAGCGGGUCUCUUCCUUUUGAUGGACAGAACCUCAAGGAGCUGCGUGAGCGCGUGUUGAGGGGAAAGUAUCGUGUGCCCUUCUACAUGUCCACAGAGUGUGAGGGGAUCCUGCGCAGAUUUCUUGUGCUAAAUCCCUCCAAACGUUGCACUCUAGAGCAAGUGAUGAAGGACAAGUGGAUGAAUACAGGGUACGAGGGUGAGGACCUAAAGCCCCACAUUGAGCCAGUGGAGGACUACAGUGACGCCAGCCGCAUUGAGAUUAUGGUCGGCAUGGGUUUUACCACAGAAGAGAUUAAAGAUUCUUUACUCAGUCAGAAAUAUAAUGAAGUCACGGCUACAUAUCUGUUGUUGGGCCUUAAGACAGAGGAUGCCCCUGAGUCCCGAGUGAGUGGCAGUAUGACGUUGCCACGGGCGCGACCGAGCCCAAUUACCAACGGAACCAACAAACACUCCUCUUCUUCAUCAUCUUCACACAGCAAGACUCAGCGCAGUGCCUCUACCUACCAUCGCCAGAGACGGCACAGUGACUUCUGUGGUCCCAGCAUGCCUGUGAUGCACCCUAAGCGCAGCCCGACCAGCGGCGGAGAUCGCGAGCUACGCGAGAGCCGUAUGCCACCACGGAAGGCCAGCUGCAGUGUAAUGGGCAGUCGGACCCUCCCUCCAUCCAGCCCGAUGGUCAGCACAGCUAACAACCCCAACAAGGCAGAGAUACCAGACCGGCGCAAAGAGAUGACGGCCACCACCAAUAAUAUCCCAGGAAGUACUAUGACCCGCAGGAAUACUUACGUAUGUACAGAUCGUACCAGCACUGACCGCCACUCGCUGCUGCAGAACGGCAAAGACAACAGCUCUCUGUCUCAUCGCCUCCCCCCAAGCUCUCCCUCCACACUCAGUAUUGUCGGAGCAGGCGCAUCCUCGUCUUCCUCAGGCGAGCGCUGUCGACUGACACGUGGAUCCACCAUCCGUAGCACCUUCCACGGGGGUCAGCUCCGUGACCGUGUGCCGGCCACCUAUGGACCUCCACCCACAUCGCCCACCCUCAGCCAUGACGCUGGAGCCUUGCCGCCAAACGCCCGCAGCCGGGCCACUUCUAACCUGUUCACCAAGCUCACCUCCAAACUAACACGCCGGGUCGCAAAUGAAUCUGAGGGAGUCUGCAGAUCUCCGGUCACAAGUGGCAAUUUAUCUGGGGAUCAGAAAGCGUCCAAGCCCUGGGGCGGGGGAGGGGGGUGGGAUGUAAGGAGUCAUCUCUCCCGUCCCCCCCGGGCCCCUGCAGAAGUGAUACUGGCCUUGCGUGAGGCAGCAAGGGGGUGUGGCUGCCAGGUCCGGCACGCUGGCCCAUUUCUGCUGUGCUGCAGUCAUGGGGCAGCAGGGUCGAAGGUCGCCUUCCAAGCUGAGGUGUGCCAACUGAGUAUGGGUCCCGCAGAGGCUAACGGAGUACGCUACACACGCUUGUGGGGGGCCCCCCUUGCCUUCAGGCACAUCGCAUCGCAGAUCUCUAAAGAGGUGGAGCUCUGAGGGGAUGGGGGAGGAAAUUUGUCUCGGAUACGAGCCCUCAGUAUCGAAGUGACUUUGACCUGCCCACCUAUGUGUUAUAGACUUUAAACAACAUUUGCUCCCUCCAGUCAACACACUGCAUACACCGAAACUUUAAACACACACACAUUUACAAUGCAGUCACUUUAAAGGCACGGGACACUGACGUCUAAAAAACAAAUACAAGCACACCCCGUUUCAUGCGUAACAUGAAACACGAGCGCUUCUGAACACACACACACAUCGGAACACGAAUACACACAACCACUCCGAGCAGCCUCAUUCACUGGAUCUGGAUUGAAUCCAGUUUAGUAUUUUUAUUCUCAUUGUAGUCAUGAAAUUCUUACUUCAAUAAUUGAUGUCAUUCUUUUUUUAAACACUUUUGUAUGUUUUCAACAAGUCUCGUCAUUUUAAACGGGUCAUCGUUUUUGAUGUUUUUGUUUAUUAACAUGUCUUGCGAUCCAUUUUUUAAUACACAGUUCAUAAACUUAUUGAAUCAUUGAAAACGUAGAACUGUAGCUGCCAAUGAACUAUAUGCACAAAUAUGAAGUUGGCAAACACAUCAUUACGUCAUCAUAGCUCACGGUGCCCACCCAAAUGGAAAUCAGACACGCUGGUGUCCAAAAUUUGAUGAGGAUAUAUGCCAAUCCAUUAGUUGUGUAGUGGAACACACUACACUUUGUUCUUGAGAUUGUGAAAUUUUCUUCCCUAGGAAACGUGUUUUCUGAAGUAUAGUGCCAGUUUACUUAUCACCUUUAAAUGAUUUAUUAUCCAGAUAUAGAAGAGACAUUGAUGCCAACUGACUUGACUCUGAUCCUUCUUACACUGGCUUUGUGAUUGGUUGUUAGCUCUUUACUUGGGUUUUAAUUUUUGUUUUGACACUUUUUGGAUUACGAAUAUUCUAUGAUCCUGUACCAUUAGAGUUACCUGAUCAGAGUGAGGUUACAGCAUGUGUGAUUGUGUAAAGUAAGAUCGAUUCGGCUCUAAGGAACUAAUGUUUGUGAAGACAAACCUCCUGCAUUGUGGAUAUCUGAAUAGAACUUUCACAAACCUAAUUUAACUACUUAAUCUAAAUUAGAAUUUCUAUUGUGUGUAUAGUAUACAUAGCACCAACGGAAAUAAUAGAAACAAAUAUAUUACAAAUGCACCAGAUAUCUACAAUGCAGGAGACUGGUGCAGGGAAAGGUUUGGUGCUCUCCCUGUUGAAUAGGUUUUGUAGGGGCAAAUGCACCAACAGGGCUUGUAAAAGAGCUGUAUUGUAUGUGGCAAGCCAGUCUUUCUAUAGUUUGGCAUCCCCGUAGAAGCAUUUCAGUAGCCAUGCCAAAUCCUAACAAUGCUGUGUAACAGAGUUACCCUACGGGUGCCCAGAUGUCUAUAAGCAGUUUUUCUGGUCUAAAAAAAUAUCUGUGGACUGGCCAUCGUAGCCAUCUGUGAAUCUGUUACUCUUAUAGAUUUGUAGUGAUUGAACAGAAGGUAUAUGCUGCUAUGGACCGAUCCCUUAUAAACCUAAAAAAGCCUCUGCCUUUGUUUUUUGAGCAAAACUAGUUAUUAGUGCUUUGCAUUAGUUGAGCAUUAAAAUAAAAAGAUUUUACUAUUGAGUGGAUCAAAAAUGUGAUUAUUAGUGAUGGUAAUGGUGCAAUAGCAAUAAAUGUUAAACGUUAUAUGAUGUUAUAUGUUAAAAGUUGUUUUUAUAUUAUGCCGUGCUUAGGCCCUGUUGGUGCUGCCAGAGAUGUUAAAUAUAAUGGAGUAUGUAGGUAAUGUGACGCAGAUUUUCAAUCAGGGUGUGGACAGCAAUGUCAUACAGAUGUUCAGGUUGUGAUGUGUUAGAGACUCUUUGGUUGAGGUGUUAUGACAUUUUACAUAUAUACAGAAGGAUUCAUUUCUACUUCACCCAUGCUCAUAAAAAGGUUUCGAUUUGGCCCGAUAUGCUAGUUUGUGGUGCAGAAUUGGUUGUCGUUUGCAUCCAGUACAUCGAAGGCCGAUCUACAUUUUCACACUUGAAAGUUUGUGCUAAACAACAGUGAUGACCUGCUUUACUGGUUGCAUUGUGGUUCUUGACUUUUAACUUUGACUUAAGCCACAUAGCAACUCAAAUGCCAUUGAAUCCUCUUACCGAUCCACUUUUUACGUUGUCUCACUCACCUUUUCUCUACCUUUGUGCUGCACAUUUGGAAAGACCCGGUUCCUCUUCGUCCAGUUGAAACCCCUUGUGUCAUUGUUCUGUCCGCUCUGGACUCCUGUCAUGGAGAGACUUCUGUUUCAAACUGAGCAGUGUAAUAAGUCCCGGACUAAUCUGACUCGGUCUGGUUUGGACUGGACUGCUGAGAUCUGUAUCUGUUAAAUGUCCAUUAAGACCCUCUGUGCACUCAUGUUGACUUGAAUCAGCUGCAUCUUACAGCUUUGUGGGUAGUACCCAUAUUUGGCCACCGGAAGGCGCCAAUGUCUUAAAUGUGAACACUUGGAUUUGUGUAUAUUUGCACAGGUACUUAAUUUAUUUUCUAGAGUAAUUAUCUUGGGAGAAAAAAAUGUGGUUUAUAUCAGUCAGACUCUUGACUGUAUAUAAAGAUUAUGAUACUGAUGAUCAUAUUGUGAGUAUAGUAUAUACAGUAUCUUAGAACUCCAGGUUAACUCAUAGCUAGAGCAGAGACUCUCUGCUAGCUCUUCAGACGUUUCUAUGUGUACUGAAGUGAAACACAAACCUGCAAUCCUGCAUGAUUCAGAGAAAGGAUGGGAGAUGGAGAAAAGAUACACAUGAAAUAAAGCAAGGUGCAGAAGAAUUACGGGGAGGGAGGGAGAGAGAGAGAGAGAGAGCGAGCAAGCGUGUUUGCUAGUAUGUGUACGUGUGUGCAUGUAUGUGUGAAUAUUAUAACCCUGUUCUGUUUCUCUGACCCCUGGGUCUCCCUCCCCUUCUCUCUCUCGUUUGUGCGUGAGAAUUAAGGCAGACCUUUGCUUUGGCAGCCAUACUUGACCUGGAGUGAAAGCGUGUUGGAAUGAAUGAGCUUUAUAAUGUUAAAGGGAAUAUAAUGGAUUGUGAAAGAGUUUUGAAUCGGUGUAUUGAGCGUGUUCUGUCUGAAAGGUAAAAUCUCUCCAGUUCAGUGUUGUGCUAUCUGUCAUGUGAAUUGUCUGCUAUGAUGUUGGAUUUCUCAUGAUGCAUUUAGCUAAAAUGCAAUAUGACCGAAAGAAAGCAGGUGGACAAACAUUGUACAUGAGAGAGAGCAAGAGAGAGAUUCAAUACUGCUGUUUGCAGAACGUGAUUUUUUCGCCAGAGGGAUUUGAACUUCUGGACAAAUAUUAAAAUGGAAACAAAAGAUCUUGAGAGAAAUAAACUUCACUGAUGUUG